ACCAUAUUUGUUCACAGGGGAAGCCACCGCUUCUUGGGAUCUGGCUACAGCAGAAAAGACGCCUGUUCAACAAGGGUGUUCCUGAGCGUAGUUGGGGUUCGAAAGAGCCAAGGACACCUCGGAGUUCGGGAUCUGGGUUUUUUUUCUCUGUUCAUGGCUGCAGCAGCUCUCCUCAGCUUGUGAGCUUCUCCCUGAACAGCAACCAUGGCCUUGAAGAACGUGCCCUUUCGCUCAGAGGUCUUAGCCUGGAACCCAGACAGCCUCGCUGAUUAUUUCAGGAAGUUGAACUACAAGGACUGUGAGAAGGCGGUCAGGAAGUACCACAUUGACGGCGCUCGGUUUUUGAACCUGACAGAAAAUGACAUCCAAAAGUUCCCUAAGCUGAGGAUGCCGCUUCUCAGUAAAUUAAGUCAAGAUAUCAACAAGAAUGAAGAGAGAAGAAGCAUUUUUACACGCAAAACCCAGGUUCAGCGAUUUCCGGAGGAGACAGAAAGCCAUGAAGAAGACAAUGGUGGCUGGUCAUCCUUUGAAGAAGAUGACUAUGAAAGUCCCAAUGACGAUGAUCCGGAAGGGGAGGACGAUGGUGACUACGAGUCCCCCAAUGAGGAAGAAGAGGUGUUGGUGAAUGAUGUUGAUGACUAUGAGCCUCCACCCUCCAAUGACGAGGAGGCUCUGCAGAACUCCAUCCUGCCCGCCAAGCCUUUCCCCAACACCAACUCCAUGUACAUCGACCGGCCUCCCACCAGCAAGGUCUCCCAGCAGCCUCCGGUGCCCCCGCAGAGACCAAUGGCCGCCCUCCCUCCCUUGCCGACAGGCCGGAAUCACUCACCACUGUCUCCACCCCAACCCACCCAUGAAGAACCCAGCAGAAAUCGAAACCACAAACCAGCAAAGUUGCCUCCUCCAUCAAUAGACAGAAGCACAAAACCUCCCCUCGACCGCUCAUUGGCGCCUCUUGACCGAGAGCCCUUCACACUAGGAAAAAAACCAACAUUUUCUGACAAGCCCUCAGCCCCCGUGGGAAGGACUCUCGGGGAGCAUUUACCCAAGAUACAAAAGCCUCCUUUACCACCAGCCAUGGACAGACACGAAAGGAAUGAAAGGAGUGGACCCUUGACAGCCAAGAAGCCACCGGUUCCAAAGCAUGGACGGGGACCAGACAGAAGAGAGACUGAUGAAGAUGAUGUGCAUCAAAGACCUUUGCCCCAGCCAUCACUACCUUCUAUGAGCUCCAACACAUUCCCUUCAAGAUCUGCCAAGCCCAGCUCCAAGCCCACAUUCCCAUUGUCUCACAUGCCGGGAGCCUUCUCAGAAAGUAACAUUGGCUUCCAGCAGAGUGCCUCCCUGCCUCCAUACUUCUCUCAAGGUCCCAGCAACAGACCACCUCUCAGAAAUGAAGGUAGAAACUUACCCUUGCCAGUUCCAAACAGGCCACAGCCUCCAUCUCCUGGGGAUGAAGAGACUUCACUAGAUGAAGAGUGGUACGCCUCAUAUAUUACCCGACCGGAGGCAGAAGCUGCUCUUAGGAAGAUAAACCAGGACGGCACUUUCCUGGUUAGAGAUAGUUCUAAGAAAACAGUAAACAAUCCGUAUGUCCUCAUGGUGUUGUACAAAGACAAAGUUUACAACAUUCAGAUCCGUUACCAGGAGGAAAGUCAAGUAUACUUGUUGGGGACUGGACUUCGAGGAAAAGAGGACUUUCUGUCUGUAUCAGAUAUUAUUGACUACUUCAGGAAAAUGCCACUGUUGCUCAUUGAUGGGAAAAACCGAGGCUCCAGAUACCAGUGCACGCUGACAUACGCUGCGGGGUGUCCAUAGCAAGUUAGCCAAGCAAGUCGGUCUCCUGACUCUUGUCAAUGCAGGAAGAUCAAGUGGCCUUAGGAAGUGGAUGAACACUUAGGACUAAAGCAAACCCUCAAUGCGGGCACAGAGUUUUGCCCUUUCCUUUAAAAAGUGUUUGAAGAUUGCUGAAUAUCCCAUAAUUUAUUUAUUUUCUUUGAUGUCUGUAAAGUACAGAAGUAAUCAUGCCCAUAUAUGAAGUCUAAGAGUGCAAUGUAGUACUUCAUCUCAAGACAUGAGAUUUUGAACAAUCUGUUUCAAAAUACAGUACUUUACAUACUACAGAAAUAAUGUGGGGCAAGUUUAAGAAGUACUAAACUGAUUGUUUUUGAUCUCAUAUGUUUUAUAAUGAAACUUUGUCAGUCCAAGGCAACCUGUUUGUUUUUUACACCACUUAAAACAAUUAAAAUUAACUUUCUGAGCAGCAAUAACUUAAGAGGCUCCAGAAACAUAACCCCAUUCUCUUAUUUGGUUUUGCAGGGAGUAUUUUCAUGUAUUUUUUAUUUGAGAUAAAUGCAUGUUGGGAUAACUUUCUGGGAUUAAAGUUAUCUUUUGCUUUA